CCUGACACCGCGCAUCUGUCAUGAAACAACUCUUCAAGUUGAUAACGGCUCACAAGUGGAUGGUUGUAUCCUUUUGACUCCCCCACUAAGGCGUCGCUCAUAAAAACCGGUGAUGUCCGUCGGUUCACCGCGCUGAACAGACGAGCUGUUCAACUCAUACAUGUCAGACCAAUCGAAACAUUACCAGCCAACACUUCGCAGAUUCACGAGGUUCGUUGUACCUGGCUUUUAGUACAUGCCCACCACCGCAUGCCGAGCAGUUGCGCACAAACACAUGUUGUUGUUGGUGGUUGUUUUUUUUUUUUGAAAGGAUUCAACACUAUUCAAGCAUCACUUAUAUCAUUCACAUUGUCAAUCGUGCUGUGAUUAUAUAAUGUAUCCUGCUUGUUCUAACACUGGAAGACGUGUAUGUGCUGUUUAAAAUUCUAGAGGAUAUUAAAUAAUAUUGGAGAUACGCCAUUGUUUACUAUUACCUGAGCAAGCUUAUUAGGAGGAUAACAAUAGGUACACCAUCAUCCAGACGUUCAGUGAAUUAACUUUAGAUUUCAAAUUUUUUACAGCUUUCAAUAUGAAAAUUGUGAAAACUGUUCAUUUCAGGUGCUUAACGAGCAACAAGUCUGAGCAAAUCAUUACAACCGGUCACGCAUUUAAAACUAGAUCAAAAGCCAGGUGCGUCCGACCUGUUCGUUUUGUGUGACCGGUGAGGUCACUAACCGUGAUGUGUAUACAUUGCGCUAUCGUGCAGCUAGCAAAUAAACAAGCUGAAGGGAGAUUAUAAACGAGACACAAACAAAACGAAACUGAAUGCAUUGUUGUUGUUAAGCGGCCGGUGACAACAAAGUCACGUGCUUGUGUUACUAAAGAUAGCCCCCACGGGAUCCACCACGAGUAAACAUGGAUUCGUUUGUUUACACGCCCACUGCCGGCGGGGAAGAGAAGAGAAACUUCGUGGCCAUCGAUGAGUACCGGGAGAGUUCGGGAGAUGGCUCACCCCUGGUGACAGCCUCCUCGGCGGGUGACUGCCCCUGCUCACGCGGGCACGCUAGGACACGCUCGGUGCUGUGCCGCCCCGUGUGCAUCUCCGGGGUGGUGUGCUGUGCCGUCGCCGUCGUGGCGUGCGUCGUCGUCGUCGUCGUCGUCGUGUUGUUGACACACUCCUCCCUGAGGGAGUGGGAGGAGAGGAUGGAGGCGAGGAUAGAGCGGAAGAUUAUGUCUAUCGUUGAGGAGAAGUGUGACUUCGACAUGACGGAGAUGCGAAAGGUAUUUUGUUCUCUUUUUUUUUUUUUUCUCUUUUCUAUUAUAUAUGUUUUCUUUAUUUACUUGAAAGAACCAGUUCAGAUAGUUCUUACAAGACUAUGUUCCUGGACUAUCGUAAACAUGUUGUUUUUAGUAAACAGCUGCGCCAGAGUAGGGUCGUCUUAUUCAAAGGUCUGUACCUUGUCAGGACUAAUGACCUGGUUUUCAGGUAACGACUUAACGCGGGGAAAGCAUAACUGUUAUAAUCCAAUGGAUUUAUUAUCACUGGUGGUUAAUUCUCACUCGUCAAUUGUGAUAACUUUAUCUACGGGAGACUAUCAUUAAAAUUUAACUCUGAUAAGCUGGUACAUGUGCCCUCCCCUUACAAUAGUACGUGAUCGUUAUUUAAAAAAAAAUAAUUUCAAGUUUUAGAAUUUCGGUGCACUCAAUCAGUAAUGGUAAUACUCAAAAUGCAACAAUUUUUUUAUUCUUGAUGACAAUGUAACUGAUGUUCCCUUGCUCUAAAAUGUUUUGUGUGUAAGAUGUUAGGUAAAUCUGUUUGAAUGUGUUGAUAUAUUUUUUUUUCGAAUGUGCUCAGAUGACAAUUAUAAACUAUCGGUGUAUGUAUAGGACACCAUAAUUUUUAAGGCCUCAAGCUUAGUGGCAAACGUUUGGGAGGUUGCCCCUAGUUGCGUUUAGUCAAGGUACGCAAAGUGUGACAAGUCUUGUGUGUUGAGCAUUUGAGGUGGGGGUAGAGAAAGUCUAUUUAAUCUGAUCGAAUCAACUUAAGACAAACAGUGGGCCCUUCGAGUCUAAGCUCAUGCCCAUCCCCGCACUUUCCCCCAAACGGGAAGCAACAAUCGGGCCUCGAAGUUGUCCGACGGGAGUGCUCUGCCGCUGAGACAGCCCCCGCGCCCACAGUUCACUCGAUUUACAAUAGCCAAGCGCGGUUGGGGGGGGGGAACAAUCGCAACCAAGGAGCAUCCGGUCGGUUGGUGUUGCUGCCCCUAGAACACCAGCAAUCUUUGAGCUUCCUAAUACUGGGGGGGGGGGGGUUGGGGGUUAAAUAAAAAAUCCACCCCUUAAUCAUCCCGGGAUGGCGUCAGACGCCCUCUAAUAGGGUUUCGACAUUGAUUUCUACCCCGCGAAUAGCUCCCAAAGUAGCUGGGACGAAACGGUUGCCUAGCCUAGAAACCGUACCUUCGCAGCCCGCAUAUUAGCAUAAAAAACAUGGGCUGCCACCACACAACCAUUCUAUCCAUCACAUGUCUCACUUGAAAUUAAUGUUUACUAAAUGCCCUCUUCAUUUUUGUCCAAACUCAUUGAACAGCCUUGUGCUUGGGGAAUAUUUGUUUGAGUAAAGAGAACCUAUACUGAUUGUAAUCCGUGCAUAUUCCUUCUAUCUUUUAAUAUUAAAUAAAUGGGUGGGUGUGGGUCAAAGGUUGCAUGGUAGACCAUGUGGCUCGGGUAUCAUUUAAAGCGGGUUUAAAACUGCAUGUGGACCUUUUCAUUAAUGAAACCACACUGUCGAAUGCAUGCUUAGAACUGGACAGUAUUAAUGUAUAGAAUUCUCUAGUCUUGAAAGAAUGUAGGGAGCAAUGGUAAAUUACUUAAUGCGCAAAAUAAAAUUCCCCAUAACUGCACUAAAUGAGAUUCCUCAAAAUACAGCAAGUGCGUUUGGUGCGUAAUAUUCUGUUUUGUUUUACGGAAAUAUUCUAAAUUUAAAUACUAUGUAAUAAAUCUUCAGUGUAAAAGUGGGUGGGAAAUUAGAAUAUUAUUUCAGUUCAGGGGCGUGAAAUAGUUUGCUGUGGUGGGGGGGGGGGUGGCACUUAUUGGGUUUCUUUUAAAAGUGCGUUCCUUGAAUGCUUGUUUUUUCUGGUAAUUUUUGUUAAAGGAAGUUCACGAUUCUGUUUUGUUUUACGGAAAUAUUUUAAAUUUAAAUAAUAUGUAAUAAAUCUUCAGUGUAAAAGUGGGUGGGAAAUUAGAAUAUUAUUUCAGUUCAGGGGCGUGAAAUAGUUUGCUGUGGUGGGGGGGGGGGUAGCACUUAUUGGGAUUCUUUUAAAAGUGCGUUACUUGAAUGCUUGUUUUUUCUAGUAAUUUUAGUUAAAGGAAGUUCACGCAUUGCCUCCACCGUUGCUUGGUGAGCUAUCUCUAGUACUAUAAAUUAUACUGUUUAGAGACUUGACUAAUUGUGAUAAAAGUCAAAAUUGGCAAACAACACUAUAUGUGUAACUAAAAAAUACAUUCUUUGACAGGUUUUAAGUGACAGACGGGAGAAACCAACGGAGACCGCUCUUGUCCGAAGUCGAAGGUCAGACAAUCCGAAAAAAGGUGGGAACGGAGGCAAAGGGAACAAAGGCGGUAAUAAAAGUGAGCAAAAUCCAGUUAUCCAAUCUAACUAUCUCCAUCCAUCUACAGUGGAAAAAUUAUCCGAUUGACCAAUCCUUAUUUUUAUACGUACAAAAAGAAAUUGUUAUGAUUGCUGGUAAAGUUUUACUUCAUCUCGGCCAUUUCCACGUUCCGAACAAAGACACUCGAGGACUGGAACAAGCUUCCAAAAGGGACAGUUGAGGCGACAACACUUGACAUAUUUGCUUCUAUUGCCUCAGGCCUUCCAACCCCCUCGCUGUGUAGACCUUGAACCAGUGAAAUAUCCCCCUCUACACACAUAGGAGCCAGAUUGAUCAAUACAUUUGAUUGUGGGCCGAUAAUCUAUAGAAGAAGAAGAAAAUAAACUAUUAAUUUAUCCACGAUUAAAUACAUUUUGUUCCAUAAAAUGGAUAACAAUGUGAUUUUCUUUUCUUUUUAUCUUUAAUCCUAUAUAUAUUGACUUCGCUUUUGUUCGUGAGCUAAAGGCAAAAAAAUUUCGGACUGCUAAUUGACCCACUUCCCGUCAUCCCCUCGAACUGAAACUUACCACAUAGACAACGUUCCUGAUGACAACGCAUUCUGUGAGUGAAAGUUUCAGCCCCAACUUCCACCCCCCCAACCACCCACAAAAAUCAGUUUUUUUUUUCAAAGGGAAUAUGAAAUGAAAUAUGAUGCAAUGAUUUCUGUAGGGAACUGAAGCCGUUGUUAACUCGCGUAAAAAAAAAAAUUCAUAAAUAGGAUUAUUAGGAAAAAACAUUUGAAGGGGUUGUUUAAUGUAUUUACAUUUUGCAAAGAUCCAAGUGGGGUGCCCGUUCCCCGUCAUGUGGCCUUGACCAUGACUAAUUGCGUUUUGGUAUAUCGACCAGUUGGCAUGGUCAAGGCCGGGAACGUGGCCAGCUGGCUUACCGUGGCUAAUUGCGUUUUGGUAUAUCGACCAGUUGGCAUGGUCAAGGCCGGGAAUGUGGCCAGCUGGCUUACCAUGACUAAUUGCGUUUUUGGUAUAUCGACCAGUUGGCAUGGUCAAGGCCGGGAAUGUGGCCAGCUGGCUUACCAUGACUAAUUGCGUUUUGGUAUAUCGACCAGUUGGCAUGGUCAGGGCCGGGAAUGUGGCCAGCUGGCUUACCAUGACUAAUUGCGUUUUGGUAUAUCGACCAGUUGGCAUGGUCAGUGCCGGGAAUGUGGCCAGCUGGCUUACCAUGACUAAUUGCGUUUCGGUAUAUCGAACAGUUGCCAUGGCCAAGGCCGGGAAUGUGGCCAGCUGGUUUACCAUGACUAAUUGCGUUUUGGUAUAUCGACCAGUUGGCAUGGUCAGGGCCGGGAAUGUGGCCAGCUGGCUUACCAUGACUAAUUGCGUUUUGGUAUAUCGACCAGUUGGCAUGGUCAGGGCCGGGAAUGUGGCCAGCUGGCUUACCAUGACUAAUUGCGUUUCGGUAUAUCGACCAGUUGGCAUGGUCAAGGCCGGGAAUGGUGGCCAGCUAAAAAGGGACGACAAGGGCAGACCCCUUUGUGCAGUCCACGGCAGUGUAGGACAGAUGGCGGGCUACCCAAAAAUAAGUUUCCAAACUUGGGUUUCCGGUAUCUCAUAGGUGAACAAAUCAUGUAAAAUAAAUGUCGUUCUUGAAGCUGAGAAAAUAUUUUUAUGAUUUAUUUAUUCAAUUUUGAAAAAAAAAAAAACCCAAAAAAUCUAUUAUUUUAAUGCUCACUAAAAAAAUACAGCUCUCAAAACCCGGUUAUUUUCUACCUUUCCAGCGCCGCCUCCAGAACAAAAGCCCACUUUUGUAAGUAGUUUUAAAAAUAUGUGCUUUUGAUUCUUGUUUCGUUUAUUUAAUAGUUAAUAAAAUUUGACAUUUUAAGUUAUUCAAAAAACAAUAGAUAGGCUAGGCCGCAUGAACGCUCUCGAGUGCUUCUCGUCCUUAGAGCAGGAAUUAACCUCAGAGCAGUGUUUCCCCAACGUCGGCUUAUACUGCCAAAACAGAAAGGCAUGUUGUGCGAGGUAGAUAAGAAGUGGAAGAAGAUGUGCUUAGGCUUGAACAUAAAAGAAAAGACAGUUAAGCGGAUGUUUCGGCUAGAUGCCUUCUUCAGCACACGAUGCAACGCAAAUAAACAAAAGAUACAUUUAAAAUUUAAAAAAAAAAAUGUUCUUGGGGAUCUAAUUGACUCUAUGUGGCUCAGUGUUCAUUGUUGUGACACAAAGAAUUAAGUUUAGUCCUUAAGAUAGGAAUUAGUCCAUAAGAUAGGAAUUAGUCCCUAAGAUAUGAAUUAGUCCCUAAGAUAGGAAUUAGUCCCUAAGAUAUGAAUUAGUCCAUAAGAUAGGAAUUACUCCUUAAGAUAGGAAUUAGUCCCUAAGAUAUGAAUUAGUCCCUAAGAUAGAAAUUAGUCCCUUGGAUAUGAAUUAGUCCAUAAGAUAGGAAUUACUCCUUAAGAUAGGAAUUAGUCCCUAAGAUAUGAAUUAAUCCCUAAGAUAGGAAUUAGUCCCUAAGAUAUGAAUUAGUCCCUAAGAUAGGAAUUAGUCCAUAAGAUAGGAAUUACUCCUUAAGAUAGGAAUUAGUCCCUAAGAUAUGAAUUAAUCCCUAAGAUAGGAAUUAGUCCCUAAAUAUGAAUUAGUCCCUAAGAUAGGAAUUAGUCGCUUAGUAGGAAUUAGUCCCUAAGAUAGGAAUUAGUCCCUAAGAUAUGAAUUAGUCCCUAAGAUAGGAAUUAGUCCAUAAGAUAGGAAUUACUCCUUAAGAUAGGAAUUAGUCCCUAAGAUAUGAAUUAAUCUCUAAGAUAGGAAUUAAUCCGUAAGAUAGGAAUUAGUCCCUAAGAUAUGAAUUAGUCCCUAAGAUAGGAAUUGGUCCCUAGUAUAGGAAUUAGUCCCUAAGACAGGAAUUAGUCCCAUUAGAAACUUGCAGCAGAGAGAAUACAAGCCGAUUCUAACUUCCUUUGUAUUUAUAUAGUCAAUCAUUGGACGACUUAUUAGAUGUAUGCUAUUAAAGACUGCAAGUCAACUAAACAUCGAUUUUAAUAUAUUUUCUUGUGUACAGUGGUUGAAAGGUGACUCCCAUGAUUGUAUUAUAUUGUUUUUAAAGUAUUCUAAGAUCAAGUGGCUUAAAAACUGCUGCACGCAGGCAUAACCUUUUUUUUAACCCUCAGCAAUUAUUUUUCAGAAACCCAAAAGGUCCAAAUUCGUUCAUUUGAUUGGCAGGAAUUCAACACCAAUCAACAGCGAAUCUAGAGGUGAAUUUUACAUUAAAUUUAGCUGAGUGGUCCAAUUAAGUAAAGGUUGUUUUUUUAAGUACUGCAGUUUUAUUUUUGGAUACUAAUCGAUUUGUGAUUGAUGAAUUUUAUUACAGGCUAUUAAUCUAAAAUACAUACUUUUUUAAACAAGUGGUAUACAAUUUAUACUUUGUGUCGAAGUCAACAUUCUUUAUGUAGAGCUUUAAACAUUAUAAAUACAUAAAAAUGUAUGUGAGUAGGGACGACGGUGAAAAGGUAGAGAGACUGAUUGCGAGAGAGAGAGAGAGAGAGAGAGAGAGGGGGGUAAGAGAGAAAGAGAGAAAAAGAAAGAGAGAGAGACAACGAAAAAGAGAGAGAGAGAGAAAGAGGGGGGGUAAGAGAGAAAGAGAGAGAGAAAGAAAUAGAGAGAGACAACGAAAGAGAGAGAGAGAGAGAGAGAGGGAGAAAGAGAAAGUGAGUGAUAGAGAUGAAUAGAAAAAGCGUGAGAGAGAGACAGGGAGAGAGAGAUUGUGGGAGAGAAAGAGAGAAUGUGAUCGAGAGGUUGAAAGGAUUAUUGAGAGGAAGGAAAGAACAUGGAGUAAGGUGGAUGGAGAGAGGGGGGACGAUAGAGGGAGGGGAGAGAUAUUGAGGGAGGAGGGUAGAACUCACAUCUGCAUGCCGUUACUUGAAAUCUUCCCACACUAAUGAUCCACUGCCAGGCAUGUCACGACACGGUCAUCCGUCUAUUGCAGACAGAAGUUUUCUCUGGGACUCUCAGAGCCCAGACAUCAUCCAAAACAUGGAGCUGGUCCGCGAUCCUUACAUCAUGGCCACGGUUGCAGUGAGAAUAAAAAAAGCUGGACCUUACAUGGUGUAUUCGCAGGUGGCCGUGAAUGGCCAGAGCCGACUGGACGACAGGUACGUGGGUCGCUGUUUUAUUUUGUUCCGAUUGCUAUCGAUUAAGAUUACCUCGUUUAAGCUGACCGGAUGAGUGGACGCCUAUCUCCACUCUCUUCAUUGGUGGUCACGCUGCAAAAAUGCUCAUAAACUGCACGGCGUUUCCGGUUAACAGAACAGGUGGGGGAGCGUGCACUGACCGCACACAUUAUUUCCAUUUUUUUUUUCAAAUUACUUUGUUUUAGACUUAAGCAAAGUUUCUUCAAAAGCAAAGUAAAAGUAAAUAUGUAUUGGCAUAAUAAGUCUGGAAUAUGCAUUGGCGUCAUAAGUCUGGAAUAUGUAUUGGCAUAAUAAGUCUGGAAUAAAACAGUGUAUUCGGGAGCAUUCAGUAGGGCUAGAAGCUAGUUGUCCGGUGAAAACGCUUGCUAUUGGUAUACGUUUCAGCUAAUGUGCAUUCAAUGACUCACUAUUUUCUGCUGCAGGUUUCCUUACGACUGCGCUCACGAGACCGUCCUCACCAGGGGAAAUGGAAGGGAUACGGUCCUACUCAAGAGCCUGACCACCCAACGAUACCUGUAAGUUAUUUUACGGAAAAAUUUUUUGACACCUGUGCACCCAUUGGGAAUGUGAAGAUAUUAUACAUUUAACCAAAAAAACAAAAAAAUCCAACUAUGGCAAUCAAGACAGCUUAUAUUAGAGCUGGUGGUGCUUAGCUUUUCAUUUGGGCGAGUGACUUAUUGGGCUAAUUCACGGAUUGGCAACCAAUGCUGCCCUUUUAGCAAAUGUCCAAUGAAGGACAUGUACUGUUGGUUUACCGCUUAGUAUCUAACGCCACGCGACGAAGCCUGAAGCGUCCACACCUGACCUGCAAAGAAGAGACGAAGUCUGGACAAUGUGAUAUGAAGAAUCAGCGUUUGUGAGUAGCACAUGUUAAUCCGACCUCUUAGACAGCGAUAGCUGAUGCUUUGUGGCACCAGCACCGUCUCAAGAGUAGCCGGAUUAUCUCUGAGAUAAAUUUGAAACCGCCUCGGGGCAGUCAUCUCCGCAAUUAUCUGUCAAUAUUUAUUCCAUUCAUUUUUCUGUUGGAAGGUGUUGCCUUAAAGUAACCUGGGUUUGAAAUCGGAGUUGUCCUUUCCUUUGACUACCGUACAUCUGUGGCUAGUAUAAUCGGCAUCCUUCCGUCUCGUGAGACGAUGGUGCAUCACCAUUCGGUUGGGUUGCGGCUAGUAUAAUCGGCAUCCUUCCGUCUCGUGAGACGAUGGUGCAUCACCAUUCGGUUGGGUUGUGGCUAGUAUAAUAGGCAUCCUUCCGUCUCGUGAGACGAUGGUGCAUCACCAUUCGGUUGGGUUGUGGCUAGUAUAAUCGGCAUCCUUCCGUCUCGUGAGACGAUGGUGCAUCACCAUUCGGUUGGGUUGUGGCUAGUAUGUAGAGUGAUUUUUCAACACGGAUGACGUUUUAAUUUUAAAAAAAUAAUAAGUUCUCAUUUAGUUCAGCACCAGUUUACAUAGAACGGCUGAUAUGCACAAAAUAAAAUGUGUUUUGAGUGCCCACCUCUGUUUAUGUGUGUGUGUGAACCUGUGUGUGUGUGUGUGUGUGUGUGUGUGUGUGUGCGUGUGCGUGCUUGCUUUAAUCCUUGUUUUAACUGUCAGCGCUUUUUUAAAUGUAGGAAACACAAAGCACCCCAACCCUUUUAAACAUUACAUCUCCCCCCCCCCCCCCAAACAGGGGAGAGCCUUUUCCCUCCGGGCAUUCCACAGACGGAUUGACACCCAUCGACACCAAGCUUCAGAUGGGCGUGUUCCACCUGCAGGUCGGUGACCAGCUGAGCGUCAAGUUCUGGGAGGGAUGCGCCAACUUCAACUACGCCAUGCGGCCUGACCACUCCUACUUCGGCGUCAUUCCAAUGAAACUUUGAAACCUUCACUUCAGCCGCUGGCAUCCCCCGCAUGGCACAGGACACCCCGGUGUGUGGGGGGUACGUAGGACCUCAAAGUUUGUCUAAAAUACACAAUAACAAGAUCGGUCGUGGCGGGUGGAGCAGCCAAUGUGGGGGGAAGACUUGCAGUUUUGUAACUUUCGAGCCCCGACAACGUCUGCUUCUCCAAGUCAGUCGGAGGCGGCUAUCGUUUGAGUCAACACAACUUUCAGACAAGACAUGAAAGGAAAAGACAUUACAAUAUUCGAACGUAAUAAUACGAAUCCUCUGCAAAAAUGUGCUCAAAAUUGUUUGUGCUUUUAAAAUUAUUCAAACAUGAACAUUAAAACAAUUACUUUUUCUAAAAAGCUGAAAAAACAUUAAACAUUACACCAAAACAAUGCCAUCUAUCUUAAACGUCAUCGCUUUUUUUCCACAUCCCAUACUUUUUUUUUUAAUGUUUAUUCUUUAUGCAUUUUGUUUUCUGUUUAAUAACUUUAGAGCAUCACAAUUUAAAAAAAAAUAAAAAUGGUUUGCUCUGUUGCUUAUAUAUCGUAAGUACUUGAGAAUUGCUUGCUUGGCAAAUAUUUCAGGUUUCUUGUAACCUACCUGCGGCUGAUGCGCAUGUCGUCACUCGCGGGUCGCUUUGUUUCAAAUAGUUAAAAGUUUUUAAUUAUCUUUGUUAAAUAAAAUAGUAGACUAGAGAUUGGCGCGUGUUAACAAAUAAAGCUGGUACGUUAUUGAACUUGAUGAAUGUUUUAUUUGUUGAUGUUUUUCAUUAUGGUAAAUUAUUUUUUAACAAUGUGUUUCAGUGUCGUAUUUUGUUCGACCGCAUGCUCGUGUUUGGCCGAGUAUUACUAUACAAUUUCUACUAGCAAACCAAAAUUGAUCAAGCUUAUACCAUUAUUUUUAAAUAUAUAAAAAUUAUAAUU